GUGAGAAGUACGACAGCAGGGCCAUGGCUGCAAGAUUCCGGCCCAGCGCUCCCCACACCAGCACUGCCAGCAGCGUGGCUGCGGCCCAGGGGCAGUGGGGCCGCGCCUGCCCGCAGCCACCUUGCUGCGUCCAGGCACUGGGCCUGGGCCUCCUGUGGGUGCCCCGAUGGCCCGUGCACGGCUGGAGGGUGCAGGUGGAGUGGCCGCCUGUGGGAGUCCAGGAGGCCUCCACAGCCGCCGCCGCGGGCACCGCCAGGCCCAGGUGGUUCAGCGAGACUGUCCCGCAGGUGCUGCUGUACGUGGCUCUCCCUGACGUCUGCCACCGGUUCCUGCCCGGCUACGUGGGCGGCGUCCAGGAGGGCGCGGUGACUCCCGCAGGGGUCAUCAACAAGUACGAGAUCAACGGCCUGCAGGCCUGGCUCAUCACGCACCUGCUCUGGCUCGCCAACGCCCGCUUCCUCUCCUGGUUCCCUCCCACCAUCAUCUUCGACAACUGGAUCCCGCUGCUGUGGUGCGCCAACAUCCUGGGCUACGCCGUGUCCACCUUCGCCAUGAUCAAGGGCUACCUGUUCCCCACCAACGCCCGCGACUGCAAAUUCACGGGCAACUUCUUCUACAACUACAUGAUGGGCAUUGAGUUCAACCCCCGGAUUGGGAAGUGGUUCGACUUCAAGCUGUUCUUCAACGGGCGCCCGGGCAUCGUGGCCUGGACGCUCAUCAACCUGUCCUUCGCGGCCAAGCAGCAGGAGCUGCACGGCCACGUGACCAACUCCAUGGUGCUGGUCAACGUGCUGCAGGCCAUCUACGUGCUGGACUUCUUCUGGAACGAGGCCUGGUACCUGAAAACCAUCGACAUCUGCCAUGACCACUUCGGGUGGUACCUGGGCUGGGGCGACUGCGUCUGGCUGCCCUACCUCUACACGCUGCAGGUGAGCGCCCGGGCCACCAGGCCGGCACAGUGAACACGCCGAGCUGCC